GCGAUUUCUGGAAUCCCGAGCUCCUUUGGGGCACGGGACUGCGGAGCAAUUCUGGCCUGCUGGGCCGGUCCAGACGAAACCUCGAAGGGAUGAUUUGGCGCCUGGGCAGGGCUUCGCUCAGGCGGCGUUUGAGGCAGCCCCAGCGGGGUCCUCCUGGGGCCUUCCUUCCUUUGAACAGCGGUGGCGGGCGGGCUCACUGUCUCCUGCACCGCUUGGAGUAGGGGCCGCCAUCACCAUGGCCACGGUCGCGAGUCCGCCCUGCGCCAGCGGGUCGCAGGAUAUCUUGUGGCGCGUUUUGGGCUGGAGGAUAGUUACAAGUAUUGUCUGGUCAGUGCUGCUUCUACCCAUCUGUACCACAGUAUUUAUAGUCUUCAGCAGAAUUGAUUUAUUUCAUCCGAUACAGUGGCUCUCUGAUUCUUUCAAUGAUCUAUAUAGUUCCUAUGUAAUAUUUUACCUCCUGCUGCUGUCAGUGGUAAUAAUAAUAAUAAGUAUUUUCAAUGUGGAGUUUUAUUCAGUUGUGCCUUCCAUUCCCUGCUCCAGACUGGAAUUGAUAGGGAAGAUCAUUCAUCCUCAGCAGCUCAUGCACUCGUUUAUUCAUGCUGCAAUGGGAAUGAUGGUGGCUUGGUGUGCUGCAGUGAUAACCAAGGGCCGAUACAGUUUUCUUGUGGUUCCCUGCACUGGUACUGAGAGCUUAGAUGGCCCUGCUGCACAAACCUGCUUAAAUGAAUAUCACCUUUUUUUCCUACUGGCUGGAGCAUUUAUGGGUUAUUGCUAUAGCCUCCUAUAUUUUAUUAACAACAUGAACUAUCUUCCAUUUCCCAUCAUACAGCAAUACAAGUUUUUGCGCUUUAGGAGAUCUUUGCUCUCAUUAGUUCAGCACAGCUGUAUGGAAUCACUGUUCCUGGUUAGAAAUUUCUGCAUUGUGUAUUAUUUUCUUGGCUAUAUCCCCAAAGCUUGGAUUAGCACUGCUAUGGAUCUUCAGAUAGAUGAGCAACUUCAUAGGCCUCUUGAUACUGUGAGUGGCCUCUUGAAUCUCUCAUUACUCUACCAUGUUUGGUUAUGUGGCGUCUUUCUCCUGAUGACUUGGUACGUCUCAUGGAUACUCUUCAAAAUCUAUGCCACAGAGGCUCAUCUGUUCCCUGUUCAGCCACCAUUUACAGAAGAGUCAGAUGAAUGCCUCCCGAAAGUUUUAAACAGCAAUCCACCCCUCAUCAUAAAGUAUUUGGCCUUGCAGGACCUAAUGUUGCUUUCUCAAUAUUCUCCUUCACGAAGACAAGAAGUUUUUAGUCUUAGCCAGCCAGGCGGACAUCCCCAUAAUUGGACAGCCAUUUCAAGGGAGUGUUUGAAUCUUUUAAAUGAUAUGACUCAGAAACUGGUUCUCUACCAAGAAGCUGCUGCUACGAAUGGAAGAGUAAUGUCUUCAUCAUACACAGUGGAGCCUAAGAAAUUGAAUUCUCCAGAAGAAACUACUUUUCAGACCCCAAAAUCUAGCCAGAUGCCUCGGUCUUCAGUGCCACCAUUAGUUAAGACAUCACUGUUUUCCUCAAAAUUAUCUACACCUGAUGUUGCAAGUCCUCUUGGAUCCCCGUUUGGCUCUAGUGUAAUGAAUCGGAUGGCUGGAAUUUUUGAUGCAAACACCUGCUAUAGAUCACCUCAAAGUUCUCAGCUAAUAAAAAGAGGGCCAAGAUUAUGGACUUCUGCUUCUGAUCAGCAAAUGAAUGAAUUUUCUAAUCUUCCAUCUAUAGUUAGUGCUGAGGGUAAGACCAUGAGACAGCCCAGUGUGAUUUACUCAUGGAUUCAGAAUAAACAUGAGCAGAUUAAGCAUUUCUUGUCAAAACGGGUGCUGAUAAUGUAUUUUUUCAGUAAGCACCCAGAAGCCUCCAUUCAGGCUGUGUUUUCAGAUGCCCAAAUGCAUAUUUGGGCUUUGGAAGGUCUGUCUCACUUGGUAGCAGCAUCAUUUACAGAAGAUAGAUUUGGAGUUGUCCAGACUACACUACCAGCAAUUCUUAAUACUUUGUUGACACUGCAAGAGGCAGUUGACAAAUACUUCAAGCUUCCUCAUGCUUCCAGUAAACCACCUCGAAUUUCAGGAACCCUUGUGGACACUUCCUAUAAAACAUUAAGAUUCGCAUUUAGAGCAUCACUAAAAACUGCCAUCUAUCGAAUAACUACUACAUUUGGUGAACAUCUGAAUGCUGUGCAAGCAUCUGCAGAACAUCAGAAAAGACUUCAACAGUUCUUGGAGUUCAAAGAAUAGUUAAGUAAUAUAAACUGUGUUCAUUACACUGCUGAUACAACUACAGAUGGGACAGUAAAUGUUCAGCAUUCUUGGAUCAGAAGAAAAUGGACUAAUUAGAUGCUUCCUUUGUCGUGGUGGUUGCUUUGAAAACUAUACUUUAAUGGGAGAAAUCAUGGAAAGAAAUUCUCAACAGAAUAACUGAAAACGGCCUUUUCUGUACCAGUUGCUUAUUGUGUGUGUGGUAUAAUAAAACAUUCAAUUUCACAGA